UUGGCUCACUCGGGGCCAGGGCGCGGGCGGCUCUGGGGCCAUAGCAGCGGCAUCAGCACCACAGCACCGGGCCCGCCCCGCGCCGUCGGGGAUAAGGGAGGGAGGGGACGGACGAGACGGGGCAAAGCAGAGACGAGACCUGCCGGCAGCGCCCUCGGCCCCCGCGACAGCCGCCAGCAGCCGCCGGCCCUGGAUCCGAGAACGAAGUCUCUUUGGAGUCAAAACUUGUCUAUGUUUCUGUCAUUUUGUCACUUUUAAUACACUGCCCUGAUUUGCUUGCUGGGAAGAGAGUAUGCAUCUGGAGAUCAAAGUUGCUCUUAACUUCAUCAUCUCAUACCUGUACAACAAGCUUCCUCGGAGGCGGGCAGACCUGUUUGGUGAGGAGCUAGAGCGCCUGCUGAAGAAGAAGUAUGAGGGUCACUGGUACCCAGAGAAACCUCUGAAGGGAUCUGGCUAUCGCUGUGUUCAUAUAGGGGAGACGGUGGAUCCAGUGGUGGAGCUGGCGGCCAAGCGGAGCGGGCUGGCUGUGGAGGAUGUGCGUGCCAAUGUGCCAGAAGAGCUGAGUGUCUGGAUUGAUCCUUUUGAGGUUUCCUACCAGAUCGGUGAGAAGGGCUCUGUUAAGGUUCUCUACCUAGAUGACAGUGAGGGCUGCAGUGCCACAGAGCUGGACAAAGAAAUCAAGAGCAGCUUCAACCCCGACGCCCAGGUAUUUGUCCCUAUCGGCAGCCAGGACAACUCACUGUCCAACUCUCCGUCCCCCUCCUUUGGCCAGUCACCCAGCCCCACCUUCAUCCCUCGCUCUGCGCAGCCCAUCACUUUCACCACUGCCACCUUUGCUGCCACCAAGUUCGGCUCGACCAAGAUGAAGAAGGGUGGAGGAGCUGGAGGAGGGGGCGGUGGAGCAGGGGCUGUGCAGCAGCCGAGAAUGGUCAGGUCUCCCACCACCAACCUGCUGAAGCACAAGGGCCUCUCCCUGUCUAUGCACUCUCUGAACUUCGUCGGGAGCGCUGGGAGCCAAGCCCCACAGUCACAGCUCUCCCCCAAUGCCAAGGAGUUCGUUUACAGUGGCGCCUCGCCGGGAGCCAGCAGUCUCUUCUUCGAUGGUGUUGCCAGUGAGAGCCAGGCCAGCAGCAUCCCACCAGCAUCGCAGUUCAAUGCCAGCACAGGUGGUACCUUUGAUAUGGCUCAGGUCUUCAGUGGCAGCACCAAUAGCCUCUUUUUGGAGAAGUCUCCCUUCGUGGAAGGACUCAGCUACAACCUGAAUGCCAUGCAGUAUCCUAGCCAGUCGUUCCAGCCCGUCGUCCUGGCCAACUGAGUACAAUGGAAGGAGAGUAUUUUGGGGCAGGGAGGGAGGGGGGAAACAAGAACAAAACAAACAAACAAGAGGGAGAGAAAAGAAAAAUAGAAAUAUACAGAAAAUAUUAAAACCUUACAAAUAUAGGUUCUUGGGAAACGAGAGAGCUCAGUGUUGUUGCGCUGUGCUGGUAACGCUCCUGAAGCACUGAAUUGUUUUUUAACUCAGUACCUGUGCUUUUUUCCUACUCACUUUUUUACUCCUUAAAAUGAGUCUUGGACUUUUUUUUGGUUUGUGUGCCCUCUUCCCCUACCCCAGCCCAGGACUGGUGCAACUGUAGGUCACAAUGUUCCUGAUUCCCUGCACCACCCCCUGCCCCACACUGGACACAGGGUCCUUCUACCUGGGUGUAGGGAUGUCAUCUUCAUACCACCGUGCUGGAGGAGGGACAAGAAGAGGAUGAGUCAGUGUUGGUGGGGACACACACAGUCUUGUUGCAUGCUAGCCAGAAUGGGUGGGUGAGCUUGCUUUUUCUGUGUAUACAGAGAACAUCGCCUGUGCCCACAGGCGCAGACCAUUGUGCUGUUGUGGCUCCAGCCCAAGCUGGCAUCAGCUGUUCUGUGUGCUGAAAAGCACUAACUCUUCUCCUUGACCAUCUCGCAGCACAUCACAGUCAGGGCAGAGCUUUACUGUGAAAUGGCUUCUUCCUGCUCCAUUCCUCAUCUGCACUUCCAGUUGUGACUACAGGGGCACAGUGGCUUAGUGGCUCUGGUUGUUGGACCUUUCUGUACCUGAGCAAGAGGGCUUUUUUAUGCUCUCUCAGGGCUGCCCAGUCUGGAUGACAGCCCCUGUGUAGAAUCACCACCUGCCUCUCUUCGUGACUUGGGGGAGGUGGUACUGAACCAGCUGGACCCCACUUGAAUCCUUUCACCACUUCCCAGAUGUUCUCCCCAGCAGCAGAGGCCACCAUCCACAUGGGGUGGCCUCUGAGGUCAGAGUUCUCAUUAUCUGCUGUGUAUUAAUAUUCUUGUCUCAGAGAGGAAAUUUCUUCCUUUUUAGUCAGUGGGGCAGCACAACUUUUCAAGAAGAUAGGGUGAUGUUGAAGCUGCUGUCUUGAGUGGUAGCAUAAGGGUUUAUGCUUUCAGCCAGGUAUGCACCUGACUAAAUCCCUUCCCUUGACUUUCUGGAGAAGCAUGAGGAGGUGGCUGAUCCAGUGAGAAAAGGAAGCAUUUGUCAUAAAUACCUCAUUCCAGCCAGAUCACAUCAGCAUGGACAGCAGCAAUCUUAGGGCAGAGCUGGGAUGGGCUCUCCAAAGGCAAGUGGUUGUCACAGUCUGUGAAUGUGAGCUGCCUCUUCACAGCAGGGAUGGGAUAUGGGACUCUUGCACCUGUCUCCAGGAUGAUGUGUGGCAGUCAGGCAAAUGUGGCUGUUCAGCUUGAUCCCUUCUGUGUUGAGGACUCCAAAACCCACCUUCACAGAAAGCCAAAGGAGGACUGCUUCAUGCCCAGGAAGGAUGGAGGCUUUUUUGGUGGGAAGGGAGGUUUCUUUGAAGGCUGCUGUGUGAGCAUGGAAGUGUGCAAAGAGGAGAGAGAUGGAGAUGAUGAAACUCCAGUCUUUGAAGUUCUCAGUUUAAGUGAAAAAUAAGCUUUUGCUGCUUCCCAAACUUGAGGUUUGGUUUUCUUUUAAUGAUGCUUCUUUGAGCACAGUCUGAAAUCCACUCCUCCUGCACUUGUGGAACCAAUGUGCUCUUUCAAGAAACCUGUUUCAGGUGAGAUGAGCUUGACCAUGUGCUUUUCCUGCUCCCUUCCCUGAGAUGGAGGCACUCCAGCCCUUUUGUAGUUGUGUUGCCACUGAGCAUUUGCAGAAGGUGAUGGGCUGUCCCAGGGAGGCUGUGUCUGCCCAGAGCUCUCCCAGGAGAGUUUCCAGUGUACCCUUCCCCUCGAUGGGUGAUGGGGUGCAUGGUCCUGACCUUGUGCUCAGCAUGGGUUCCCAAGAAGGCUGCUUGCUAUUGAGCUAUGACCAAUGCAGAGCAGGUGGAUGAGGCGAGCAGAGCCCAGCUGUUGUGUUUCCCUUUUUUCUUUUCUUUGAACCUACUGCUUUUAACAGAUGCUACCACUGCCACGGAGUCCUUCUCCCCAACAGGGUGCUGCUGGGUGCCACCCCACAUGCUGCACUGGACUGUGAGGGGUGUUCAGCCCCUGAUGGCAGGACCUGGUCCAGUUGCCCCCCACUGUCCCCACAUCUGGCAAAGCCACCUGCGAGCCGCUGCCGUGAGACAGUGUGCUCUCCUCCAGCACAGGGAGGGAGGGAAGAAGUGGGAAUGUCCCCUGUCCACUUGCUUAUGUGUGUGUGAAGCUUUGAUGCUGCUUUGCCCUGCCACACGUAUUAUACCUGCUUUAAAAAUAGUGGUGUGAGUGGAAGGAGGAAAAGAAGAGGGACCAACCUCUUUGCAUCUUAAAAGGAAAAAAGUGUGCUUCAGAAAUGUUCCUCCAGCAUCAGGCAGCAAUGGAAACUAAUGGCCUUUUCAGGUCUUUUCUAGUCUUGGAUGUAGGCGUUCAGCUUCAAUUUUAUUUUUUAAAAACCUGCACUAAUUUACCUGGUUUCUUAGGAAGAGAAGAGAGAAGAUUUUUUUUUUUUAACUUUUAUUUUUUAUGGGUUUAUGUUCUUUUUGUUGAUGUCCGUUUGUAUUGAAUAAUUUGCUACAUUUGUAAAAUGUAAGAGGUAUAUAUAAUAUAUGUAUAUUUCUAACGUAAAAAAAUGUAAUUUUUUUCUUUUCAAGAUUUUUUCUUAAAAAAGAGGAGAGAAAAAAUAUUUUUUCAGGAAAAAACUUUAAAAAAAAAAAGAAGUGGUGAAGAUUCCUUUCUCCCCACUCAGCCUCCCUUUCCUCCCACCCCUCUCCAAGGAGUGAAUCGACAGUUGCCUUGUGGGAGAGGAGUGAAAGAGGACAGAAGUCUGUAUGUCUCCGAGUGGAGGGUUUCUGCGUGUGCUCUGCUUGGGGCUUUUUUGGAGAAGGGGACUACUGAGAGGGGGAACCAGGGGGUUGCUGUCUUUUUCUUUAUUUUUUUUUCCUUCUUUUUUUUUUUUUCUUUAGCGAAGGAGGAAUACAAUCAGAGUUUUGUAUUCAGAAUGUUGUGCAAUAUUUUGGAACGGGAUAUUGGUGUGUCUAGAGAUUUAGUUAAAAACAAACAAAAAAACCCCACAAAAAGGUUGAUCAAAUCUGUACAGUUUCUAUUGUUCCAGAUUUUUUUAAGUUUGUAUUAAAAGCAUGAUAUAAUAA